AUGGCUGGAGGUGUCAGUGUCCGCGAUGUUGAGGCCAACAAGUUCAUCAGUGCCUAUGCUGCGUUUUUGAAGAGGCAGGGCAAACUACCAAUUCCCGGCUGGGUUGAUACCGUCAAGACGAGUCACUCAAAAGAGCUGCCGCCCCAGGAUAUCGACUGGUUCUACAUCCGCGCCGCCGCCGUCGCCCGCCACGUCUACAUGAGGAAGACCGUCGGCGUUGGCCGCCUACGAAAGGCCCACGGCAGCACCAAGAACCGCGGCUCGCGCCCAAGCCACCACGUCGAUGCAUCCGGCAGCGUUGAUCGCAAGGUCAUGCAGGCGCUUGAGAAGAUCGGUGUUCUUGAGCAGGACGAGGAUAAGGGUGGCCGCAGGAUUACGCAGAGCGGUCAGCGGGAUUUGGAUCGUAUUGCGAUGACGACGCUGGAGCAGGAUGAGGAGGAGGAUGACGAGUAA